UCUCUUGAUAUCGAGGGGGAAGCUGACAUCAACCUAAAUGAUGAGGAAAAAGCCCUGACUGAGAAAUUCUCCUGUAAAUUCUAUGGAGACUUCAUUCUUGAAAGCAACCCUGCAACAUUUGUAGACGCAGUGAAGACCUAUGUCGAACUUCCAAAGCUUCUGGGAGAAAAGGGAGAGAACAGUGUUCCAGUGACGGUCUGGCUGAUGCCACUGAAGAAUUUAGGUUCAGGAGCUGCUGAGCUGAUGAGUGGGAUCAGCGUUGGACUAGUGAGGAAGGCGCAAGAUGCUCUAGAAGAUUUAAAGGAAAUAGAAAUGAGAUGCAAUGAUUCUCUGGAUGACGGAGUAGCAGAGCAUUUUCCACAGAUUCACAAAGAUCUAAGCAGUUUCAAAAAAUCCUGUAAUUAUUACACAUCUCACCUCCAGCAGAUCAUGGGGAAGAAAUUUCCCCUCAUCCGUGAAGGUAAAGAAAAUGAGAGUUCAGUAGAACAAGUCUUUGAAGACAGACACGGGUCACCAUUCAGUCAUGACAAACUCAGCGAGUGGCUGGAUCAUAAAGAGAGAGAAAUCAAUGUCAUCUGGUCCUGUGUAGGAAUGAUG